CACAACUUUCCAAACUUUCAACCUCUCGUGCCAGUAUCACGACUCCUCAAUCGACAAAUCGCGACCACCUUCACCAUGUCGACGACCACCAAGAAGACGGGCAAGACCCAGCGCUCUGCCAUCGCCGACGUUGUCGCGCGCGAGUACACCAUCCACCUUCACAAGAGACUCCAUGGUGUCUCGUUCAAGAAGCGUGCACCAAAGGCCAUCAAGGAGAUCAAGGCUUUCGCAACCAAGUCCAUGGGCACCACCGAUGUCCGUCUUGACCCUCAAUUAAACAAGAAGGUCUGGGAGGCUGGUAUCAAGGGAUGCCCAUACAGACUCCGCGUCCGCAUCUCGCGCAAGCGUAACGAUGAGGAAGGAGCUACCGAGCGCUUGUACAGCUACGUUCAGGCCGUCAACGUCAAGAGCGCCAAGGGUCUUCAGACCGCUCUUGUUGAGGAUGCUUAGAUGUAUGUUCGUGGGAGGGCGCGGGACCUGGAGUUAGCAUUAUGCUACGGCAGCAAAUGACAUGUGCUUCUUUUCCCUCGAU